UACAGCUGGUAGUGGGGAGGGAGAUGAGCCACCUGCUGGGACACGCGGACUGCGUGGAGAGUCUCCGCAGCGACCUGACGGACCUCCAGGGGGCGGUUCUGGACGUGUUCACCCGCACCGGUCCAGUCCGCUGUCCCUCCUGGAAGUUCCCCGAUAAACUGUCCUGCAACGUGGACCUGUUGUCUCUACUGGAGCAUCAUGACUUCGUGGAAGGGGAGGAGGAGUUCAAUCAAUACUCACAUGUUGUUCUGCUGGAGCUGAUCAUAGACAGGUGA